CUGUUCAAUAACCCACAUCUCUCUGACGUCACGAUAGGACAGACUUCCAAUGGUGUCACUAAAGAGUACUAUGGGCACAAAACAGCGUUCAGCUUGCAGUCAGAUUUCUUCAUGAAGGCUUUCAACGGCGGCUUCAAGGAAGUUUCAGAAGAUAUUAUUGAGCUUCACAAUGAUAGCCCCAUGCACUUCAUGAUCAUGUUGAAGUAUCUGUAUACGCUG